AUGAUGGAUCGGGCCCGGCAGAUCUCGGCCUUUAUCACCCCAUUUGGACUUUUCAAGUGGAAUCGGAUGCCUUUUGGGCUGAAGAAUGCGCCGCAGAUCUACCAGCAGAUGAUCGACAACGCCUUAUAUGGAUUCACCCAGAUCCCAAAAUUGGCCGGUGGUCUGGAGCGUCUGUAUGUAUUCGAGGCCGGAGAACCUGAAGAUCCGCCAAACCAUCCGUCCUACAUCGACGACAUCUUAGUACCAGCUGAUAAUUGGGAUCAGCUAUGUGACCGAGUGGAAGGUCUUCAGGAGGCGUGCAACAAAUGGAACUUGUCGAUCAGCGUUGUCAAACGUUUCUAG